AAGACUAAACGUGCAACGUUACUUGAAGCAAAAAUAACGAUGUAGGUUGAGACAUGCGUUUUUAAAACAAAUGGCAUUUCCAGCUUUUCAGGAACCAACACACAGUUAAAAAAAAAAUCCUCAAGCAUUAGAUCUGAAACACCCACAAGCUGCGUUUGGAGUCUUUUCUGAGAUGGCUCGACCGGUCGAGUUUGUUUUUGAAGACAAGACCGGGGAUUACUCAUGCAGGCAGCAGGUCAAUCCACCUGUUGCACCACCUGGAGCGGAGCAGCGCAGAGGAGCGCAACCAUGGGAGGCGUCUAUUCCAGUGAAAAGAUGGCCGACGUUUUUGCCUAUGAGAGCUCAGAACUCGACUGGUGUGAAGACAACUACAGAUACUCUGAACAUGUCGUGGAGUAUUUCAACACAGUCAGCAGCUUUUUCUUCUUCAUUAUUGCUCCUAUAAUGAUCUAUCUGCUGCAUCCCUAUGCCAAGGAGAGGAGCCUGGCGAUCCACAUGGUCUGGAUCAUGAUGAUUUUUGUAGGACUUUUCUCUGCAUACUUCCACAUGACUCUGAGCUUCGUUGGCCAGAUGCUGGAUGAACUCUCCAUCUUGUGGGUGUUGGCUGUAGGAUAUGCCACUUGGUUCCCUCGUAAACUGUUUCCCUCUUUUAUCAAAGACAGGUCCACAUUUUCACGGCUCGUCCUUUUGAUCACCGUCAUUACUUCUGUGUCAUCGUUUGUCAAACCUACAGCCAACGCCUACGCCUUAAACUGCUUUGGCCUCCACCUUCUGUACACCUUGGCUGUGGAGAUGAGACGCUGCACCGACCAGAAGGCUCUACGUCUGGCCAAGCUCUCGGUAGCUCUGUGGGUCCUCGCCAUCUCCUGCUGGAUUAGUGAUCGUUUGUGCUGCAGUUUCUGGCAGCGGUUAAACUUCUGCUACCUUCAUGGGAUCUGGCACAUUCUCAUUGUGAUGGCUGUAGCCUACGGCAGCACGCUCAUAGCUUAUCUGGAUGCCAGCAAUGAAAUACCUUAUUCGCUGCCUGGAUUGGAGUACUGGCCCUGUGAUAAAUGGGCCGUUGGAUUCCCCCACAUUGUUCUCUCCAGCUCUCCAAAGACCCAAAAACGGUGCUGACAAAUCACUACCCCUGGCAUUUCAUUUGUUGUCAAAUGUUUGCUUAACAACUGAAUUGCCUUGCAUCUGAAUCCUACUGAUAAAUGUCACCGCUUAGACUGAAGUUACCAUUUAACUUAAAAUUAACAUGAAGUGAUUAAUUUUUUAUUUCAGUUCGUCUAGCUGUCCUUGCAGGAUUUUGCAUCCUUCAGUCCAGACCAUAGUCUGCAAAGAGGUUACAAAAAAUCAGUAGGAUCCACUUGCAAAGAGGGAUAAACAUGGAAAACAAACCCCUGGCUCAAUACGCUGCAAAGAUAGUCAUCAAUAAUUGGCAAAAGAAAAAAAAAAUCCAACCAAAGUGUCCUUUAAAAAAAAUAAAAAUCUGAAAUGAGAAUAAUCAUUGUAACACUUUAUUUAGAGUUUCAGUUUUUUAAAUGUGAACCAAGACAAAAAGUCAAGAGGAACCAGCACACAGACUGUCACUUGUACACUGAAAUUAUGUUUUAUGUUUAACUUCAGGUAUUAAAUUCUGGUUUAUUUUCAUAACUGAUCAUAUUUUUAUGUAUUUUUUUAGUAAUUUUAGUAGUUUUUUUAUAAAGAUGUCCAGAAACAUGUGAUUCUUCCGAAUGUUUUAAUAUUGCAGAUGCUGGAGCAAAUGUCCCAGUCUGGUUGUGACUCAUCUUGCUACAUUAAUUGUUUUGGUUUUUUGUGACGUUUAGGGCGUUCCAAUGCAAAUAUUAUAUUUUAUUUUCAUUUAUAAUGUUUUAAUUUUGUAUCAAACGUAAUACUGUCAUUGCCAUUCUUUACCAAUUUAUUUUAAGCUUCUGAUUUACACAAGAAACAAACAACAAAACUGAAAACUGCUUUGAUUUAAUUUGUUCUCUGGAAGUUUCAUCCAAAUCCCAUUUAUUUAUUUAGAAUUUAUUUAAUUAAUUUUAUUUUUUCCAUAUACCUCAGACAAACAGCUGAGGUGUAUAGAAAAACAAUAAAAAAUUGUUUUUGUUAUUGUUUCUCUGAUUAUAAAGCUUUUUAAAAAAUAGUAUUAUUGUUUUAAUAAAGACUUUAUGUCUUUGACUCUUAAGGAGAAUUUAACAGCAAUAAUCAACCUUCAUAUAAUAAUUUUUAUUUCUUACAAAUAUUGAGAAAUCUUGAAUUGCUUCCAUUUAUAAAGAAUAACAUUUUACCCUCUACUGUAAUUUGCAUUUUUACACUAACCCUGGUUGUAUAUUGUGAAAAAGUUAAACUUUUGUUUUAACUUUUUAUCAAUUACUAUCUAUAUAUAUCAGACUUAAAAUCUAAUAAACGUUUGUUGGUGCACAAGUUCAAA